GUUAUCCGCCCGGUUGGUUUACUCUGUCCCAUAUCGACAGGGAAGAGGAAUCAUUGGAGCAUCUUCUUUGGAGCCCCGCAGCAUCCCACAUCUCCUCAGCUACGCUUUCUUGUUCUUUCAUCCACCGACCAAAAGCGCGGAUCACAUUGAAGCCCUUCUAAGGUUUGGUGUUCCCUCCCCUUUUCUUUUCUUCGAGGAAAAAAAAAGGAGAUUUUUUUUUGCGCAUUCGGAUGGAGAUGGUGGUGGAAAUGGCGGAGCCGGGUGAGUUUCUUGCUUCCUUUCUCGGCUUAGAUGUGGUUCCGGCGACGAAAGAGCGAGUUCGAUGGGAUCCCAAGGGAAUGCAGCUGAAGCACAAGAUUAGACCUAGCGUUUUCUGACGCUUCCGAGCUAAAUAUCGGUAUAUUUGGUGCCGAGGAAGCGAAUUGUUCUUUGACUUGAAGGAUUUGGAGAUGAUAGGAAGAGAAUCGAAUCUGAGGAAGGAAGCCGCAGUGAACCUGAGUGAAGUGGCGGCAAGGACUCAACUACGGAAGAUACGGCAAAAGGGGUACGUGUAUGUGGAGCUCAGACGUGUCGGGAGGCGCAUCAUCUUCUUCUGCACCCUUUGCCUCACCCCAUGUUACAGCGAAACGGUGCUGUUUGAUCAUCUUGGGGGGAAUCUCCAUGAACGAAGGCUUGCUGGUGCCAAAGCGACUCUUUUUGGAGCCACACCGUGGCCUUUCGAUGAUGGUGUUCUUUUCUUUGAUAGUUCUCCUGAGACUGACAUGCUGUUACCGGGUUCAGAUUAUCAAAAUGAUAUGUCUAUGGUUGUUAGUGACAGUUCUGGGAACGACGAUGAAGUAACUUCGAGGUUUAUAGUGAAUCCGACCAGUAUGCAUGAUGCUCCCGGUCUUGGUAGGAAUUGCAGUGCGCAAAAGGGUAGUGGUAAUGGUUCUAAUCUCGAUGGUUCCCCAGAUGCUCAACGUGGAUUAAUUGUAAAAGGUUGCGGUGCUUCUUCAAGAUCUAGCUGUUCUGUCGCAGACGAGGUUACAACUUGCAAUUGGGCUGAUAAUAGUUUGAUUAUUCCUGGGGUCCUACUUAAGCAGGGAGUUUCAGGUUUGGCUGUGCAACCCUUGGGAGUUGGGCAGAUUGCAUACAGAGUACAAGAAAACAAGGAAUCUCGUGGUAAGAUCAUUACCAGGAUAUGGUGUGCCUGGCUGGGACAAGAAGGAUCCAACCUUAGUGAUGAGUUGAAUGUGCCGGUAACUUCACAAUAUGCUAUAGUUAAUUUCCCUUAUGCAUAUGGCUUAGGUAGGAAGCCAGCUCCAGGCGAUGAAGAUCUUCCAAUGUCACCUGGUUCUUUCUUUGAAGUUGAUGACACUGGGCAUUGUAGGGAGAGGAAAAGGAAAUUGUCCUCAGAUCAGGAAGACUACUCAGAAGGUUUGAAUGGUUCUUGCGAGUCCCCUUCUGGAGUUUGUCCAAGUUUGGACAGCAUUGUGGCACAAGAUCCCCAACAGCUUGAGACGAGACUGGUAUCAAGCAAGGUCGUCGGGCAAGAGCCGAGAAUACAGAAACGUCGUCCUGCAGAGAGAACCUGUGACAUCUGUAGGCAGCCAAUGCUCCCUGGAAAGGAUGUGGCUACGCUACUGAAUCGUCGUACUGGUAAUUUAGCUUGCAGCAGUAGGAACACUACUGGGGCUUUUCAUCCAUUUCAUGCUUCAUGCCUCAUACACUGGAUCCUCAUAUGUGAGUUAGAAAUGUUGGCUGACCAGAAACAGAGCACUAAAACGACAGAGGACGCAAGGGAAGAUCAACGACUAGAGAACCGAAUUUCUUCGGUCUUUUGCCCGGAGUGCCAGGGCACUGGAAUAUCCAUCCAAGGAGAGGAAUUUGAAAAACCCACCAUUCCACUUUCUAAGAUGUUCUGCUAUAAGCUGAAAGCCAUCGAGGCAACCAAGGCAUGGAUGAAAAAACCAGAAAUGCUCAAGAAAUGCUCCACCGGACUUCAUUUCCCUUCUGAUUGUACUGAAAACUCAGAGGAGAAUGUCGUACCUCUAAAGUUGCUGCACUUCUUUCGAGCCCAUGAGCAGAUGCAGGCUUAAAGAACACAACACUGAAAUGCUGGAUUCCAGCCACUGAUGGAUGACUCAGUUGUCAGGAUGUAAAUAUUCACUUCUGUGUUGUACAAAUUUUCACAUUUGGCUUCUAGAGACGCUUGGGCAUGUAGAAAGAGAUUAGCGAGUCUUUUAUCACAUCUUACCUGCAAUUUGCUGUGAAUUCUAUUACCGGAUGCUGGUCUUCGUUACUAAUUGUUUGCUGUAGACAAUACCAUCGUCUUCAAGACAUGCUCUGUUUUCCCA